AGUCUAUAAAGUUCAUCGGUCUGUUGUUCUGAAACGUCAUCAUCAUGCAGUCGGUUGUAAUUCCUGCUGUUUCUGUCCUGAUUUAUCUGCUGAUGCUUCAGUGUCAAGCCUUCAUCAUCAGAGAAGUUCUAGUGAAAGACUCUGUGACGUUCCCGUGUUCCUGCACUGGAAACUGUCCGGUGGUUCAGUGGAGUCGCUUCAUUCCCAGUUACACCAUUGUGUCUGAAUGGAAGUGUUCCAGAGGACAGAAUUUACAGAAAAGAUUUGAAAUAUCAGGAGAUACCAGCAGAGGAGAUUUCUCCCUGAUGAUCAUCUCAGUAGCCUACAAUGAUGGCGGCUCCUACAGGUGCAGCUGUAAUGGAGAAACAGUUAGUGAAGUGAAGAUGAAGGUUCUGGUGGCGACAGUUGUAAAGGUUCAGAAGAAGCAGAAUGUCACCCUCCCGUGCUACGGAGACACUCGGAGACAAGAUGUUAAAGAUGUACAGUGGAAGAAGGAUGGAGGAAAGGUUGUGCUGUACACUCAUGCAAACAGAUCAGUGACUACUGAUGAAGCAGGAAGCAGAUUUAUGAUGUCAGUAGAAGACUUUCUGGAUGGUGAUCUCUCUCUCCACAUCAGUUCAGUUCACCUGUCUGAUGCAGGAGAAUAUCGGUGUCUCCUCCAUGAUGAAUCUCAGGAUGGAGAACCAUCAACUGUUGUGCUGGAGGUAGAAGGUAAGUUUUUCUCUGGUAGAGUCUUGGUCAUUUCAACUACUCUUAGUCAUGUGAAUUCUGAACACCAGCAGGUAGCGCUAAUGAAUUAUAAUUAAUUAAUGGAGGCAUCUCCACUCGACAGAGAAGAUUUGAUGAAUUUAUUUUUAUUUCAGUAUUUUAAUAAUAAAAAAUAUAAUCUAUAAGACAUUUUACACAUUAGUGUUUUAUUCUUUGAUCGUGACUGAUCGUUUGUUUGGCGAGAAGAUAGAAAUUACACUGCAUUAGAUGCAGGACCAUCAUCAUCAUCAUCAUCAUCAUCAUCAAAUGUUCCAAACUUAAUCAAUCAAUUUAAUAAAUAUAUAAAUUCAGAUUUAAUUCUAUAGGAUUUUAACAUCACUGUCACAAAGCAGCUUUUAAAUAUUAUAGUUUAUAAAAGGAUCAGUUUUACUGCUACACCACUGUUCUGUUCUACCAUGU